AGCAAGUCCAACAAUGUCCCCUGGAAGCUUCCGGCAAUAGGGGCUCUUAGCUGCAUAGGAAAGAUGGAGCCACCCUGCCCAGAGGUGCAGAUAAGAGGCUGUGGGGCGUCUCCUCGGUUCUCUGUGAGGAGUCUGUCAAAGAAGCACUGCGAGAACCAGGAGAAUCUUCUCCACUCUGACCAGCAAGCCCCAGACCGCAUCUCUACGUCUCCCACUUACAGGAGAUUAAGGGGCAAUGUCUGUGGAGCAACACUGCUGCCUCAGCAAGAGACCUAGGAAGUGCUCACCUGGAAGGAGCCUGGAAGCCAGCAGGAGCCUGCAGGCUCUCCAUGUUACCUCUCCAAGAGUCCGCCUGGAAGCCCAAAGAAUUCUUCACAUUCUCUGUCGCCCUUGAGACUCCAACCAAGAUUCCCUCCAGAUCCCCAAAUCCUCAACACAACUGGCUCAUUUGAACCCCUUCUCCUAUCUAUGGCCAUACCACCCUGAACACAUCCAACCUUAUCUGAACCCCUUCCCCUGCUUCAGCCCAUCAGUGGGGGGUCUUUUUCCCAGGCCUCUCUUCCAGAGAGAGGAAGCCACUCACCACCCAGCCCUGCCACAAGGCCUCCUGGUUCUCGGGGAGAACACCCUCACAGGUUCUGUGAGCAUAGGCAGAGUUUUGCAGUGCUCAACUUCCCUGGACUUGAGGUGUUCCCGGGGAACAUUCCGGUGUCAGAUGUAGCUGCAGAUUACCUGUUCCACCCCCUUCUGCUACCGAAUUCAGAAUCCAAAAAGCCAAGAUGGUGUUUCUCCCAGAGAGGCACGGAGAGUGGCAAAGACAAAUACAGGCACAUACCUGACCUGGAGAACUGCCUGUCCUCAGUGAAAAUUACAGACUUCAGGGACUGUGAGUUCCACUGCCUCCUGGAUAAAACCUGGAAUGAAAUCAUGGAAACAUAUCAAAAACUUCCUACCAAUUAAUUAGACUUGAGAAAGCAGCAAGUGGCCGUGUUGGAAGUCUUCACGGGUGAAUGCAUUGAUUCCUUGGACCAUUUUAUCAUAAUGUGCAUUGCAUUUUCUAAAAAGAUCUUCAUGAAUACACUAAAAUAUCUACAAACUCAUGAAUAUCUUCUGGAUGUAGAUUUAUAGAGACUUUUUGCAAACCUAGAAGAGUUAAGUCAGACAAGCUUCAAUUUUGUAAACAGUGUUCUUGGCAUCAUCAAGGACUAUGCUGAGCCUUCUGAGACCUCACUACUGAUGGAUUUCAUCUCCAUGCUCACAAAGUUCUUCUUCUAACGAGGCAGCCUCUGUCAGAGCCACCAGACCUACUGCCUGAAUUACUUAGUCACUGUCUUUUAUCUUGAGAGCCUGAGGCAAAGAGAUGACUUUGGAAUUUAUUAAAAGUGGUGUGAGCAAAAUGAACAGUGAGGACGGCUCCACCUGCCUGAGCUGCUGGUGGCCCCACUGGACAGGUGGGGUGACUCGACCUUGUUGCUGAAGAAUGUCUGGAAAUGGAGUAGAGACUCUAUGGAGAAAAUCAUGAUCUACAGCAUCAAGGAAAAGAUGGAAAGGUCAAUCAGGAUCCUUGAAGGAAAAGUGAAGUGGCUUGACAAUUGCCAAAAAUGUAGACAUCUACGGAAGAUUAUUGUGUGGCCUCUACUAUGGGAUAGAAACAAAAAGCUUCAUUCCAGAGUUUGCCUGAAACAUAUUUUUAAAGAACACAUGGCAGAAAACAUCUUGUCACCAACCACCAGACACAUUUUCUAUGAAGGAAAAUUAACUCUUGCAGAAAGCACAAGAUUCCUAGGUGUUUAUCUGUUUCUCUUUGAUGAUUUCCUCUUAGUUGUGAAAACUAAUUGCAACAAAAAGAAACUUGGAGGUUCAGGCACUGGUUUAAUGUGUCCUUCGCUUACUGCUGAGCCGUGAACAGUAAUAAAAGAGGGUGGUUCGUGUAUGGUACUUGAUCAGCCCAUUCCACUAGACCGAUUGGUGGUCAAAAGUAUCGAUCCACUCCACAUGUCUGCGUUUGGGCUGAGAAAUGCUUUCCUUGUACAACAUGAAAACAGAUAUCGACGGUGUGUAGCAAUGUUCUUAUUCCAAACCCAAAGAGAAAAUAUCAAGAAAACAUGCAUGACACAAUAAACAGCAGCAAUAUCUUGCUUCACCAAGAACCAGGAAACCAAGAAGAUAUCUUUAUUUACGUCGCCUGCAGAAUCCUCUGAAAUGUAG